GUUUUCCAAGUGAGAGAAGAACUUUCUAGGGUGAGUGUAGUUCUACCCCAAAAUGAAUUCAUGGUUCUUAACUUGAGUGUUAAUGUGAGAGUGAAAGGGUGUAAAGCACUCCAAAUUCUUAUAUUUUUCUAUUUUAUUUAUUUUUGUACGAUUUGCAGACUCUUCAUUGACAAGUUUGUUAGGAAGGAAUUGAACAAGCAAUUUUUGGCAAUAAAGUACUAUAAUCUUGGUGGGGCUUGCAGUACUGGAUGUUCCAACUCACACAAGUCUUCGAACUUUGAAGAGAUAAAGAAAGAGUUUUCAUUUAUGUACCAGUGAAAAACAAGAAGCUUCAGCCUUUUGGACUUGGGUUUGCAAGGAUCAUUCAACCUCAAGACUAGAAUCAUUACAGACAAAGAAAAGAAAAAGGCAAGAAUUAAAAACUAACUAUCCUUGAAGACAAAAGAAAAAGAAAAAGAGAAAGCAAGGAAUAAGAGAGACAAAAAGAGAGAAAGGGACCUAGCAUGUAACUUAAAAAAGGGAGCAAAUUUCUUGCUUAUAUAUAAUUCAUUUAUGGGAUAGUUUGGAUUGGAGACACAACAAAUUUAGAUUUCAUCUACAGAAGUGGCCCAAGGUCUUUACUCUUUAGUGCCUUCAUUUCAUCUUUCAGUGGCAUAACAAAGUUCUAUUGUUUUAGAAGGAAAAUCAGAAAGUGAAGUUUAUAGGUGGAAAAAAUGAAGUCAGCAAAGGCAAAAAUUCAAAGGGGAGCAAGUUCAUCAAUUGAAAUUCAACAUCAAUGUACACACGUGGUAAAUGAAAUUCAAGAAACGUUACAAAAUUUGGAGCUUCCCCUAUCACUUGAGUGUUGCAUCUAUAGGGUUCCACCAUAUCUUCGUAAAUUGAAGGAGGAACACUACACUCCCCAGGUUAUUUCAAUAGGGCCCUUUCAUCAUGGCAAUGCAGAAUUAAGAACCAUGGAACAACGCAAAUUGAGAUAUCUUAAGUAUUUCAUUCAACGUGUUGAGGUUUUUGAUAUAAGUUUGGAGGAUUUAGUGAGGACUAUAAAGGAGUGUGAAGAAAGUGUUCGAUGUUGUUAUGCUGAGACCAUCCGACUUAGCAGUGAUCAUUUUGUAAAGAUUAUGAUAGUGGAUGCCAUUUUCAUUCUUGAGUUGUUUUGGAGAGACUACUUCAACGAUUGGACAAGUGAAGACAAUGGUGCAAGUAUAGAGACAUGGUUGAUGAAUGCUAUUAGAUUUGACUUGAUUUUACUAGAAAAUCAACUUCCAUUCUUUAUUUUGGAGAAACUAUUUCACCAUGCAUUUGCCUCUCAUCCAAGCUACUCCAGGUCCUUAAUUGAAGUCAUGACAUUUAGCUACUUUGAUUAUUACAACACUCAAGGCAUAAGUUAUAGUCCGCAUUUGAAAAUGAAACACUUUCUCGAUUUGCUUAGAACCUUUUGGCUACCUCCAUCGGAAAAGUUACCAAAAAGAAGCAAUGACGUAGUUAAGCAUUUGCACUCUGCAACAGAAUUGUAUGAGGCUGGAUUGGUGUUUAAGAAGGGUUCAAGCAGUUGCUUAUUUGAUAUAAACUUCACAAAGGGAGCGUUGAAAAUGCCACCUUUAACAUUAGACAAUUCAAGCGAGACUAUUAUCCGAAACCUUUUGGCUUUGGAGCAAUGUCAUUAUUUUGAUAAAGCAUACAUUACAGAUUAUUUUAUCCUAUUAGGUUUCCUUAUUAAGACUAACAAAGAUGUGAAUUUACUUGUUCGAAAGGGGGUCAUGCUUAAUUUGCUAGGCAACAGCGAUGAAACUAGACAUUUGGUGAACAGUGUUAUCGACAAUGUGAUCUAUGCUGACAUGAACUCCGAUUAUUAUCGUGUCUGCAAAGAGUUGAAGGCGUUCUAUCGGAAAUCGAUUUUCCCUUGGCAUAGUUGGCUAGAAGCUUUGCAACAUGAUUAUUUUAGCUCUCCUUGCAAAGUUGCUUGGACAAUUACUGUUAUUAUCUUUUUGGUGCUCACUUUUUUACAAACUAUAUAUACAAUGUUCCCAAAAAAAUAAGUUCAAAAUUAAAACCUUACGUAUCAACAAUAUUAUUUGGAUUGCUAGUUGUUUCAUUGU